AUGAUCCUACCAUUCUGGGAGGAAACGUAUAUGAUGCGCAGAAAUCAACAGAACUCCAGAGAUCAUCCGAAGAGCCCAGGACACGAUUCUGGAGGAUCCGCCGACCUUGGUCUCCCUCUCAAAGUCCACCUUAACGACGUGUAUGGCUUUAACAACUCGAAACCGAAGGAACUUACGGACAAGACUCAGGAAACUUUACAUUUAUACGGACAGAAGAAGCAUAAUCUAUUGAUUGAACUUGGCAACUUCGAGCAAGAAGAGCAACUGACCGAGGCAGAAAAAGUGAAAGAUUUCCGUAUUCCUAUCGGAACUACGGUUGAAUGCAAAUUGUUCGUGUCAAAAAGCGACCGUACGCUUUACCUGGUUCUGGAAGCAUCUCAUGAGGUUUGUAUUCGUGGCGUAAUUGCGUUUGCUGAAGGAUUAUUCGAAGGCGAAUCCUAUAUUUGGAUUCCUAAACUAAUUGAAGGGAAUGGUGAUCGCGUUCAAAUUCCGAUCAUCACCGAAAAAGAUAUGGCAAACGAAAUUCACAUACGUACUUUUCUCGGACCACAGGAAUCGAGUAAACUGAGUGUUUUUGAAACCGCACUGUCAAUUCCACGAUUUGCUCGCUUCUGUGUUCUGCAGACAGAAGAUGUCUUCUUAAUGCCAAAAUCCUUCGUCGAGGUGAUCAUCAAAAUACGCAACCAACGGAUUCUCGAUUGGGUGAUGGACACAUUUCUGAUCGAUAUCGAUUACCCAAUUGAUCCCGAUGAAGAUCAGAUGGAAAUUAGAUUUCUUGGUUUGUCAUCGAAACGUGGUCAAGAACUCUGCGUCAAGCAUUUCCAAUCUGACGGCAAGACAAUUAUUUACCACGAUUGCAUGGACACCGCUGGGAAUAUCGUUCAAUCUCUUUGUGACUACUUCGCAAUCGAUACGUUAGAAGCACAUGCGGAAUUUCCGGAGAAAUUUACUGAAGUUGAGGAAAUUUGUAAUGAGUUGGAUUCUAUGUACGAGGUACGAGAUCGAUUAACCACAGAUCUCACGGAGAAGCAGACCGUUCUCAUGGAAGUUAUAGUUAGAGCAGAAGAUGCCAUAGUUAUUGAUGAUCUUGAUCUUGUGCGGAAGUAUUAUACUCGCCUACGACAUAUGGAUCGUAGCGUUCGACAAGCAUUUCAUUUACGAGUGAACAAUCAUGAACGAUUUGUGCAGUCAUUGCGUAAACUUCACAAAAUUAUAGAGCAAGCGGCAAAACUUCGAUGCGGGGAGCCGAGCAGAAAAAUUGUGACCGCCUGUCGUGAAGCGAUCGCCGAUGAUAACAAAACAGUUCUGGCCAAGUACUUGAAGUUUGGUGCAUAG